CCCACUUGUCCUGCUCUUGGGUGACGUGGCCAAGGCAGCAGACACGCACACCCACACGAGGAUGACACUGUCUAUGUAGACCUACUUGAGAGUUGAGUAGGGAGCCUCUGGUUCCAGACAAUUAAUUUAUCAGAAGAUGUACAGUCUUUCUUCAAGAUGGGCACGGAAUUAGGUACUUUCCAGAAUGUGCAUUGGGUUACCGUUGUUCGUGAGUGGUCAGAGAGAUCAAGCAGCUUGUCUGGCAGCUACCGAAGAAGCUUGAUGAGCUCAUCGAAAGGUCCUGAAACUCUUUCUUCUCGACGCCAUCUUCGUCCACAGUUAAGAUGUGGUUCACCCUCAGCCGUGGGACAGACAGAGCGAGGUGUGGCCGACCACACAGACGGCCCGCCAGUCACACGACUCUAUCACCGAGGUCAGGGUCACUCAGGUGACAGGCCAGCUGACUGUGUGACGUGCGGUCGUGACGUGGCCAGCUUCCUACACAGUCUCCGUGUUGGUGUUACAGAGAAUGUGACGACAACAGCCACGACCGUCACCUCCACCAACGCCGCCACAACACCGCCCUGCCUGCAGUGGAGAGACGUGCUGGUGUUGUACUGGUAUGACAUCAGUGACGACUGGGGUAUGGUGGAGGGACUUCAAGAAACGGGUAUCCCAGUGCAGGUGAUGAAGGACGAUGACAUCGAGGACGUGGCCACGGCCUGCAGUGACGUGGUGUGGGUGACGAGUGGAGAGAGUGUUUGUGGUCUGGAGAGAAAAGUCGUCGUCUGUCUGGAGGAAGAUCUCAAUGCCCGGUUCUUCUCCAUGUCCCGGUGUACGUCACAACUUGUGUUCGUCUGCUCUUACCACAAACCGAAUGGCAUUUGACGUCAUCAUCUGAUGACGUUGUACACAUGUUGUGUAUGACACAUUUAUACACAUUUACUCACAACAACUAGUGUAAACAUCAACAUCAUACAGUGAGUAUUGUUUGUAUAACAACUUGUGUCAACAUUAACAUCACGCGGCUUACACACUGGGUCUUGCGAGAGUGACCAGCCAUGCAUGUGACCCCAUCUGACCCCAUGUCGUGAAGGGGAAUGUAAAGCAUCCAUAGGGAGACCAACCGGGAAUAGCAAAUUAAAGAGGAUUUAGGAUUUUGGUAAAGAUUUAAGUAUUCCAAGUAUUCAGAACCGUGUUGCUAUGUGUUCGCGUGUCUGUAUAACACAAAAAAACAACAACAAACGUGUAACAUUAUUGAAACAUGUAAACUAAGCAAUGGUACAAGUAAUAAAAAAA